AGAAAAAGGAAAAUCUUGAAAUGCUUCGGGUGGGAAUGCCUUUGUGGUGGGGUCGUUUUUACGGGCGACCGCGAUCUGUACUCCGCUGCCUUGUUCGCCUCCACCUUGGCCCGAUUGUUUGAGAGAUCGGUCCUUUUGGACACUGUGCUUGGAUUGCAGGACUGGCCUUCACGGCUUCAGCUAAAGUCGAGUAGUAUUUCAAACAAAGCCGUGGGGACGUGGACUGUUGUAGUAAGAGAGUAUUGGUGCUAGGCCAGCUAGACAAGCCAUCCAACAAGAUCCGGCAAAGGCCGCGUUCUCCAUCCAGUGCUGUUGGUCUUCCAUAGAGUGAAAUUGAUGCUAUGGCAGUUCAGACGAGAAGAUGGUUCCACCCGAGUGUUUCUGGAGCUCAGGCCGAGCAGUUGCUGUUGGACCGGGGUAUCCGUGGGAGCUAUCUCGUCCGUCCCAGCUCCAGCAACCCAGGAGACUUCACCCUCUCGAUCAGGACUGGCGACGAGAUCUCGCACAUCAAGAUCCAGAACACUGGCGACUUCUACGACCUGUACGGCGGCGAGAAGUUUGCCACGCUGUCCGAGCUGAUCGAGUUCUACACGAAGUGCCAUGGGCAGCUCAAGAAACUGGAUGGUCAGGUGAUUGAGCUGACCUAUCCUCUGUUAUCGAGCGAAGUUACCACAGAAAGAUGGUUCCAUGGUCAUAUCACAGGCACUGAUGCCACUGCGCUGCUGGCCGAGAAAGGUCAGAAUGGCAGUUAUCUAGUGCGAGCAAGUAUCAGCCACCCUGGAGACUACGUCCUUACUGCAAGGUGCGAGGAUCGUGUGACUCAUAUCAUGAUCCGCUUCAAGGACGCCAGGUUUGACGUGGGAGACGGCGAGAGUUUCAGUAGCCUCCCCGACCUAAUUGACUUUUACAAGAAACACCCGGUGGUCGAGACCAACGGAAGCGUUGUACAGCUCCGACAGCCAUUCAACGCCACCAAGUUUAGCAUUAAGGGAAUCAAUGAGAGAGUCGAACAGCUCGAGUCAUCGGAGAACGACGACAAGAGCAAGGGUGGAUUCUUCGAGGAGUUUGAAGAACUUCAGGCGAAGGAGGCGAAUCACACAUUUAGCCGUAAAGAGGGUGCGCGUCCGGAGAACAAGAAGAAGAAUCGCUACAAGAACAUCUUGCCAUUUGACCAUACCCGCGUGGUGCUGAAGGGAACAGAUCCCAGUGUGGUUGGAUCAGAUUACAUCAAUGCCAGCUAUAUCUCCGCCAAGGAGUUGAACCUUCAGAACCAGUAUAUCGCAACCCAGGGCUGCCUGCCAGGAACGGUCGAUGACUUCUGGCAGAUGGUCUGGCAAGAAAACAGCCGUCUAGUUGUGAUGGCAACCAGUGAAGUUGAACGGGGCCGGAGCAAAUGCACACGCUACUGGCCAGAGAUCAACAAGACUGGAAACUACCGUAAUUUCUGCGUGACGCACACGAAGGAGGACCAGCUGUCUGAUCACAUCCUGCGCGUCUUCAAGCUAGAGAAUACGCGCUGCGACGAACCGGCGCGCUUCAUCUACCACUUCUACUUCAUGUCGUGGCCGGAUCACGGAGUACCUGCCCAGCCUGGUCCCGUCCUUGCUUUCAUGGAGGACAUCAACGAGAGGCAGCGGACGCUGGAGCGCAGCGUCCGCGGCGGAAUUGGCCCAAUGGUUGUCCACUGCAGUGCCGGGAUCGGCCGUACAGGUACUCUGAUCAUUAUUGAUCUGAUCAUCACAGCCGUAGCUAUCUAUGGUAUUGAGACGGACGUGGACAUAAUGAAGACAAUUCAGUCGGUGCGCACACAGCGGUCGGGCAUGGUGCAGACCGAGGCCCAGUACAAGUUCUGCUACCUGGCCGUCAAGCACCACAUCGACACGCUCAAGACGCGCAUCCAGGCCGAGCAGGAGGCGGACGACAGCUCGCUGUACGGAAACAUCGCCGGUGCCUCCAACCUGGUCCCCGGCGGCCGUGUACUGGGCAUGCGAUGAUGCAGCACAUCAACCUAACCUCACCGGUCCGAGUCGGUCUUUUUUUUAAGUCACCCGGUCUGGUUUAAGGCAUCAUCAUCAUCGUCCUUCUUCGUUUCUUUGUCAAAUUACUCUGUGUCCAGGUAAAGACGAAACCACUAAUACCACCUCCCAUCGUUGUAUAUUUAUUUUAUCAAGUCAUGAAACACACACAUCCGUUUUUUCCCCGAUUUUUCUUCGACAACCUGCGACUUGUAAGGUGUCUUUGGAAGCAAUGGUGGCGGUGACACCAGCGCGUAUUGUAUGACUGUGUCCUGCCUGCCCCAGCUCCUUGCAAGCUGGCCUGCGUUCUCUUCCGUUUUUUUUCUAACCGGCUAACAGCCGCCCUUCCUUGCUGCAGCCCCAUCAUAUUGAUAAAACCUGUAACCUGUCCUAAACGGAUCUUUGUGCGAGCGACGUUGUCCAUAGCGACCUUUUAUCCAUUUCAAUGAUUUCAUCUUUUCUUUUCUUCUUUUUUUUAACGCAUUCUGACUGUGAUUGCUUGCUUCUGCUCUCUAAGCUGCAUCAUAACAGAUUGUUGCGCAGCAAGCUCACCAACCAUCUGUUCAUGUCCUCUGCUUUCAAAACCUGCCUGAUGAGCUUUUGCCGAAAAUCCCGCCGUUGUGUUUUGCCCACGGCCCGUGGCGCUCUCUCUCUCUCUUGUUUUUUUCCCCGUUGCCAGCGACCUCUCGUUGCAUUCUAAGAUGCUGCCUCCCUGCUGGCGUCAUUCUCGUUUUGAGUUCCCUGUGUGCAAAGGUCUUGAUCUGUAGAUGGUCAAUAUGUGCCAGACUUGCCA